AUUUAAUUUCACUAGCGAGGGGAAAAAUGGACGUAGUGAGAGCCCUUGGAAAUGAGUCGCUGUUGUCCAACUCGUCUGGUCCAGCUGCAUGGGAUCCCUUCCGCCGGCCCCUGGACUCCAUCCAGCCCUGGCACUUCAGGCUGGUGGCAGCAGUCAUGUUCGUGGUGACCUCCGUGUCUCUGGCUGAGAACCUGGCUGUGAUCCUGGUGACUGCCAAGUUCAAGCAGCUGAGACAACCUGUCAAUUACGUUAUAGUGAAUCUAUCUGUGGCUGAUUUCCUGGUCUCUUUGACUGGUGGCACCAUCAGCUUUCUAGCCAAUCUAAAAGGCUACUUCUAUAUGGGGCACUGGGCUUGUGUACUGGAAGGAUUUGCCGUCACGUUUUUUGGUAAGCUUGAUUUUGUUUGUAGUUGUAUCUCGUUUUCCUGGCGUCUUUCACUCUCCUGCAGCUUCCUCAACCACUGACCUUGCAUGCCUGUGAGUGCACUGCAUCUUUUCCAGGUGUGUGUUCUAUGCAGGAUCUCGUAUUAGUGAAUAAUGUGCAUUGUGUCUCUCUGGUCUCUCGCUCUUUUGGCCUUUGAGCGGUACGUUGUGAUCUGCCGCCCACUGGGAAAUACGCGCUUGAGAGGGAAGCAUGCAGCCCAAGGCAUUGCCUUUGUGUGGACCUUUUCCUUCAUUUGGACCAUCCCACCGACCAUGGGUUGGAGCAGCUACACCACCAGUAAGAUUGGAACUACUUGUGAGCCUAAUUGGUAUUCAGGAGCUCAUAAUGAUCGUUCCUACAUUAUUGCAUUCUUCACCACCUGUUUUAUAGUGCCUUUAUUGGUCAUUUUGGUAUCCUAUGGGAAGCUGCUGCAUAAGCUAACGAAGGUGUCAGAUACUCAAGGCAGGUUGAGAACUGCCAGGAAACCUGAGAGACAAGUGACUAGAAUGGUGGUGGUGAUGAUCAUUGCCUUUCUAAUCUGCUGGAUGCCAUAUGCCACCUUUUCUAUCCUAGCCACUGCGUACCCGUCUGUGGAACUGGAUCCUCAUCUGGCAGCAGUUCCAGCUUUCUUUUCCAAAACGGCUACUGUUUAUAAUCCAGUUAUUUAUGUCUUUAUGAACAAACAGUUCAGGAAGUGUCUGAUGCAGAUGUCCAGGUGCGGUGCCAUAGCGACUGUGGGGUCCAAUGUGAAACCAGCUUCGGUGCGAGCAGUGCUCACCCAGGACAAAAGAGGCAGUCAGUUGUCCAUCAUGGCGGUAUGAGGCACCAGUUCUGGGAGGAAGAAUGGAGAUGAACACAGAAACUGCAAUUCUUUUGACUAGUUGACAGCUUCAGGAAACAAAAUCUGUCUCUUGUAGGAGGGAGAUAUGAUCAUUAAUGCAGUAUGGCAGCGUGUUUCCUCAUUGCCCAUCAUGCUAAAGGUGUCACUGGGGCUGUUGCGUUCUCUCUCCUAGACACUAACUUUGACAUUCUGAGCUCCCAAGUGCAUAGAGUGCACUGGCUGUGCAGUUGCAGUCACAGACGAUCCAGAAAGUGAGUCCCUUUUCCUAUAUUUGUCUCUUCAAUCCAUAGCGUGCUUGCCCUCUUUAUAUAAAACAGAUAUAUAAAGGUACAAAACAGUGGAAGUCCAGCGUUACUGCACUGACGCGUAACACAGCAAGGAGUUGCACAUGGGUGGCUGCUCCUUAUUCAGCGGGGUAAAAACAUGAGGGGACUCACGGCUUCAAUGCGCUGGUGGAAAGUGAGUAAUGUUUAGCACCCCGCUGACUCAAAUUCGGCCAGGUGGAGAUUGACAGACAGACAGGCUUAUGGGCCUUUUCAUUUGUUUGGAAAUGUUCACUAACAAAGCUGAGGUAAGCGUGAGGUUGCUGCACUUGUGUCUGUCCCUGAUGCGAACCUCAUUCAGGUCACUGAAUUCUCCAACAGCGUGGAUAAGCCAUCCGUACUUUCAAGGGCUUUGUUAUGAAGAACCAUUCAUAUUCUUCUUUAUUUCCUCUGUGCCAUGAAAUCUGUACUAGUGGCAACUUUGGAAAUCAAUCAACUCAUGCCAUCCUUUAGUGGCGGCCUUGUACCUGUCUGCCAUUCUCUUUAUGAGAGGAACUUAGUUGCAAGGUGUAACAGGGUUGUUUGUAACACUUAAAAUAACUGAUGUGUUUAAUUUUAUAUACAUGAUGCUCUUCCUCUUGAUUUAUUUUUUUUAGUAUUAUAAGACAGGAGGGGUAACACACUCAGUUAUUAUUUGCAUUCACACCUCUGUGUUCAUUAGUUUGUUUUAGAAUCUUUGCAGUUAAGACUCACACAUAUUUAUGGUGAUCUCCUCCAUAAUGCUCUGUAUUAUAAAUUGUGCUAAUUUGUUCUGCUUUUAUAUUGAAGCCUCAUUUUUGUCAUGAAGAGUUAAAAUCUGUAAGAGAAUUUAAGAGCCUUGAAGUAACUUGGCACAUCAGUUUUAGCUCAGCCUUUUUCUAGCUGCAGUGAGAUAUUAAUGCAGUAAUCUCUCUUUAGUCUCAAUGAAUUGCUAUAGAGAUGUCAAACAAUUAGAUUAUGUUGGCCAAUGUAACCCUGUUUGAUGGAGUACAGGAGUAGCGCAUGUCCCUCCAAUCUCACCGCUUUGCACCGCUUUGCAAUCAGUCUGUGACUGGAGCAGAGAAUGGGACGUACGUGUUUCUGUCAGCAAGGCACCCACUUUAUAAACGCCUGAUACAGACAUCCA